AUGAUGACUUUCCCAGUCGCUGGAGCGUUCAUGUUCCUCCUGAUAAGUACAACUAUGGUGUCUGGCCAAACUGAUAGUAACUGGGUUAUCAGCUCCACGCUCCUUUCCAACUGCACGGCUUUUUAUGAUGACAAUGUGCUGCAAAGAGGCGACUUUGGAGACGGCUUUGUGUUUGGGGUGGCGACAAGUGCGACUCAGGUUGAAGGAGCACCAUCGGAGGGAGGUCGAGGGCCCAGCAUUUGGGACGUGUUUGCCGCAGUUCCUGGAAAAAUUGCGGAUUCUUCACUACCCAACAUCACCACGGACCAGUACCACAAGUUCUUGGAGGACAUCAAGAUUAUGAAAGAACUGGGCGUCACGUCCUACCGACUAUCACUCUCGUGGUCGAGGAUUUUGCCAGACGGCAUUGGUGAGGUCAACUCGGCAGGUAUCGACCACUACAAAACUGUUAUUGCAGCACUGAAGGCAACAGGCAUUGAGCCAGCAGUGACGCUGUAUCACUGGGACUUGCCAGACUAUCUUCAUGUGAACUGGGGUGGCUGGCUGAAUGCUUCAAUAGUGGAUGCGUUCACCAACUACGCGGAAGUUUGCUUUGAGGCGUUCGGUGCUGAUGUCAAGACAUGGAUCACUUUCAACGAACCAAUGGAAACCUCGAUUCAGGGAUACGGGACAGGAGGAAUGGCUCCAGGCAGAUGUUCAGACAGAGAAAUUUGUGAAGAAGGGGAUUCUGCAGUGGAAUCGUACCUUGUUGCUCAUAACAUAUUGAGGUCACACGCUUCUGCUGUUGCUUCUUACAGAGCCAAUUAUCAGAAGCUGCAGGAAGGUCGCAUUGGCAUCACUCUAGAUUCCCAGUUUUACUUCCCCAUCAAUCAGUCCGAUGAGAACGUUGCAGCAGCUAACCGAGCUCUUGAAUUCUCAUACGGAUGGUUCGCUGACCCAGUUUACUUUGGAGACUACCCAGAGUCCAUGCGAACCCUUGUUGGUGACCGUCUGCCUCAAUUCACAGCUGCGGAAAGGCAGCAGCUUAUUGGUUCUGCAGACUUCUUUGGGCUCAACUUCUACACUGCUCUGUAUGUCUGGCAAGGGUCUGCCAGCGCCCCUGGAAUCGCGUGGAGUGACAGCCAAGUGGGAACCUCAAGCACCAACCCACUGACCGGUCAAGUCAUUGGUGCAUCAACUGGCUCAUCUUGGCUGAAGGUGGUCCCAGAAGGCAUGUAUGGAAUGUUGAUGUGGAUCACGGGUCGUUACAAUAGCUUUCCGAUCAUGAUUACUGAAAACGGGUCGAGUGAUGUCAACGACCCUAACAUUUCGCUGGAGGCUGCACUUUGUGACGAUCAGCGCCUUAACUUCUACAGGGACUACCUCAGCAAUGUGCUGAAGGCCAAGAAGGAUGGAGCAAACGUCCAGGGGUACUAUGCGUGGUCCCUUCUGGACAACUGGGAAUGGGCUCGUGGCUUCUUGGAGAGAUUCGGCAUUGUCUUUGUUGACUUUGCUAACCCUGGCCUUCCUAGAUACCCCAAGGCUUCGGCAUUCUGGUGGCAGAAGUUUCUCAGCACUUGA